AUGCACAAUAUAAACACCGCAAACAUGAUGAAAUCCUCAAUUUCGAAUAGAGAAAAGGAAGCAGCAACAGUGGAAACUAUUCUCAGUAGUGGCAAUAGAUGUGAUACUUUAGGUCAUGAAUUAGGUAAAGAAAAUUCAGAAUUUGAAAGGAAACCUCCCUCUCCAAGGAUUAAUUAUAAGAAAUACGUCCUACCUUUCUAUCCGAAUAUGAAUUUAGGUGGUCCCAGCAAUCCUUCGACAGUUUCUAAUGAAUUAUUUCGACAAUAUUCGACAGAUGUUCUUAAUAAUCAGGAUGAAACAAUUGAGGAAGCUGAGGAUAAAUUAGAUUCGUAUGAACCUGCCUCAAACUCUUCACUCUUUACAAUAGUUGGAAUGGAAAUGCUUGAGAAUGGUUUUACAUCACUGUGGCAAGAUUUAAGCAUUCUGGCCACACAAGUUAGAGCUGGUCAUUUAACCAUUGAUUCGUAUAGAGCUAUCCUAAAGCUUUCGUUGGUUUUAAUUAUUUUUCUCCUAUUGUUUGUAUUCAUUUCGAGUGCCUUUGUUGAAUAG